AUGCCCUCGAGCUCGUCCAUCUCGUCGGUCCCAACAAUCACACCCAGCCUCUUCGUCCGCGGCCAGGCAGCGACCACGACCGCCACUACGCCCGAACUCGGCGUUUCCCCCUCGAACUCGUACGUGCCUCCACCGCCUCUCGAGCGCUAUCCGAAGCUGUUCUUCACGUCAGCAAAGACGGGCGAGGGCGUGAAGGAUGUAUUCGAGUACAUAGCGCGGCGCGUCGUCGCCCGACAGGAGUACGAGGAGGCGCUUGAGGCGCGCACCAUGCACAUCCAGGAGGCGAACCAGCGUAACAGCAUCCACCUGUCUGGCCCGCCUCCGGAUAGUAGACUUGCUGCGCUAGGGGGUUCAUGUUGCGGGUCGUGA